CCGGCCCCUCACGGCGGCGCCGCGGCCUGCGCCCGGAGACCCUGGAGCUUUGUGUUCGCGGCUGUCACCGGCGGCACCCGGUGCGGACCCAGCAUGUAGGUGCCUGGUGGCUGCCAUGAACCUGGAGACCAUGAGGAUCCACAGCAAGGCGCCCCUCCCGGGUGGCAUCCAAGACAAAAAUGAAAAGAACAGACCGUCCUUGAAAUCCCUGAAAACUGAUAAUAGACUGGAAAAAUCCAAAUAUAAGCCUCUCUGUGGAAAAAUAUUUUACCUUGACUUGCCUUCUCUCACCGUAUGUGAAAAACUACAAAAAGACAUAAAGGAUCUUGGUGGGCGAGUUGAGGAAUUUCUCAGCAAAGAUAUCAGUUAUCUUGUUUCAAAUAAAAAGGAAGCAAAGUAUGCACAAACAUUGGGUCGAAUUUCUCCGGUACCGAGUCCAGAAUCUGCUUAUACUGCGGAAACCACCUCACCUCAUCCCAGCCACGAUGGGAGUUCCUUUAAGUCUCCAGACAGAGUGUGUCUGAGCAGAGGAAAGUUAUUAGCUGAAAAAGCUGUCAAGGAUCAUGAUUUUAUUCCUGCUAAUAGCAUACUAUCAAAUGCCUUAUCAUGGGGAGUAAAGAUUCUUCAUAUUGAUGACAUUAGAUACUACAUUGAGCAGAAGAAGAAAGAGUUGUGUGCUCUCAAGAAAUCAAGUACUUCUGUGAGGGAUGCGGGAAAAAAAGCUGGUACUGGAAUACAAAAGGCAAGAACAGGGAGACUCAGAAAGCCUUUUUUAAAGGUUGAAGAUGUGAACCGGACUUAUAGACCGUUCUACCUUCAGCUGACCAAUAUGCCUUCCAUAAACUGCUCUACUCAGAAGCCUUGCAGCCCAUUUGACAUAGAUAAGCCAUCCAGCAUCCAGAAGCAAGCUCAGCCUAAACCCAGAAUUAAUACAGAUGGCGAUAAAUGUGGUGGAACCCCAGUUCAACUCCAAUUGAAGGAAAAGAGAAAAAAAGGAUAUUGUGAAUGCUGCUUACAAAAAUAUGAAGAUCUCGAAACUCAUCUUCUGAGUGAGAAACACAGAAACUUUGCACAGAGUAACCAGUAUCAAGUUGUUGAUGAUAUUGUAUCUAAGUUGGUUUUUGAAUUUGUGGACUAUGAAAGAGACACACCUAAAAAGAAAAGAAUAAAAUACAGCACCGGAUCCCUUUCUUCUGUUUCUCAAAAUGUCCUGAAAAACACUGAACCAAAGGAGACGCUACAGUUGGAGCCCAUUUUUCAGAAAGACAUGGGAGAAAGCAGUGGGCAACUGCUCAAGCAGGAUUUUCAGUGUGAAAAAACUCAGAAGCCUGAACAAAAGCUGGUGUCUGCUUCAGAACCUAUGACCUACUCCUCCGCUGGAGUGGAAGGGUGUGAUGGGAAAAGAGUGAGCAUGCUACAUGCAAGUGACCCUGACCUAAGACAGGAUUUUACACCGCUACCUCCAUGUAAAAAUGAGCAGGAAGGAAUUCUUGAUGUUUCUGGAUAUAAAUUAAUUAUUAAUAGAAGCGAUUUAGAACAGAGGGUAGGUGACUCUCCAGGUGUGCCACGGUCAUGUGUAGAAGUUUCUUAUCUAAGUACAGAAAAUAGUCCACCCCAACCAAAAUUAACAGCAGAUAAUACACAUUUUUCAGCAAAAGAUCUACAGGAUAAGGAAAUUCAUUUUGUGUUUGGUCAUGAUUCUGACCUGGUGACUUUAAAUCCACCAAAGGAACACCUGCCAGUGAGGGCCAGAACUCCACCCUGUAGUCCUCAUGGCCCUGAUGAGUGUGACACUGAGAACACGGAUAAUUUGCCUUGUGGUAAGAUCCAGCGGAAAGUGAGAAUGUUAUUAGGGCAAAAGAAAAAAACUGUGGACCCAAGUGCUGAAUUGGAUACAAAAAGAACUGAGUAUCCUGCAUGUGAAGACAGAACUUGUGGGUCACCCGUACAGUCUCUACUGGACCUCUUUCAAACAAGUGGGGAGAAAUCAGAAUUUUUGGGUUUUACAAGCUACACUGAAAACAGUGGAAUAUGUGAUGUUUUAGAUAUUUGGGAGGAAGAAAAUUCAAGUAGUCUGUUGUCAUUUUUUUCUUCCCCUUCAGCUUCUACAUUCGUUGGAUUUUAGUAUUUAAUGUGUUUUUCAGAAGUCAAAGCUAUAUUCUUGAAAUUUUUAUAGAUACAUAUAUAAUUCUUAGGAGUUGUUUUGGGUUUUUGGCCAGCUUUGUAUGA